AAGUCUCCAAUCUGAAGCUGGCUUGGCUGUUGAAAAAGAAGCCAGGCCUCUAAACCUCUCGGUUUGAUCUCUUCAUCCAGUGUUUUUUGACUGGGUUUCAUGUAAGUGUCCUUCUCCUCCUCCUCUUCUCCUUCGUCCGGUGGCUGUGGGCGUGUGGGUAGGUUUGGCUGGCUGGAUUCACCAUGAAUGCGGGUCUGAGCCUGCGUCUGGGUUGGCGACUCCAUACCGCCAGUCCGUCGGUUCUAUCCUCGGUCAUCGUCAAGCAGGGCCUUCACACCUCGGAGGUGGCCGGCUGGAGGGCCUCGGUGGGGCCCGAUCCUUGGCGGCGUCACCGUCAACGCUAUCCUGUGCCCGAGCUUCCGGCUCGUCCCGAGAAUGUGGUCAUCCCGGAAAAGCACCGCCUACCCAUUCUGCCCAAGGUGCCUUCCAUUUACGGCCAGACCAUGACCCGCCCACCCAAGGGUACGCGUGAGUUGUAUCGGAUGCAAGGCGAGGAACGCGUGCACAAUAAACUGAUCCUGGAACAGUUUGGCAUCGUGGCCUUGGCCGGAGGUCGAUUGACCUCGAGUCACUUCGAGUUCUUGCGCAAUAAGGUCAAUCGAUGGCUGCAUCCGGAGCGAUCCUUGGCCAUUUUCCGGGUAGAUGCGCCUUAUCAGCCGGUCACCAAUCACGGGGCUGGCCGUCGAAUGGGUGGGGGUAAGGGCUCGAUCUCGCAUUACGUUACACCCGUUAAAGCCGGACGAGUCAUUGUGGAGGUGGCUGGGGAUAUGUAUUGGCCAGAGGUUCAGCCGUGGUUGUCCAAAGUGGCCGAGAAGAUGCCCUUUGAGGCUAUGGCGGUCAAUCAAGAUCUGUUGGAACGCUUGGAGGCCGAGGAAAAACGCAUAGCCGAGACCAAUGAGAAUCCGUACACGUUUGAGUGGCUAGUGCGGAACAACAUCAUGGAUUGUCAAAGCCACUUGUCACCCAAAGACCGCGUCUGGUUCGGGCGAUUCUUGUACCGGGACCGCACCCUGAACCGAAAGUAUCAAACAAUCCAUAAUUUCCGAUAUCGAAUGCGUUAACGAGCUGGUUCUUGAAAUGAAUACAUUUGUCCCACGCCACGAACAUGGUCUAGCAUCCGAUCCAUCCAGUGUCCUUCUUGUCUUCUAG